AAUUUCUUUGUUUAUAACUUUAAUUACUGCUUGAUUCCUUCUUUGUUUUUGUGUUUUGGGUGUGCUUGAUGAUAACUUCUCUACCAUCUUCUUCCCCUCUUACUUGGUUUAUGCGGAUCUUGAUUCUUCUAUGAUAAAUUUAUGGUGCCCUAGAAGUCAAAAGGAUAUGGGAGGAGCUCUGUCUUAUGUUCUUGCAAGACUUGGUAAAAUAUGGACUUCGCUAGUAUGGACCGUGCACAACUCACUAUGGUGGGAUCAGGGUUUUCUGCUUUGCUUUCAAUGCAUUUCACAAUACAGCUCUUGUCACAACACCUGUUCUUCUGGAAAAACCCAAAGGAGCAAAAGGCAAUAAUCAUGAUUAUAUGUAUGGCUCCACUUUAUGCCAUUGACUCGUUUGUGGGUUUGUUAGAUAUUCGUGGAAGCAAAACAUUUUUCAUGUUUCUAGACUCAGUUAAAGAAUGCUACGAGGCUGUGGCAAUUGCCAAAUUUUUGGCUUUGAUGUAUAGUUAUUUGAAUAUAUCCAUCAGCAAAAACAUUGUGCCUGAUGAAAUCAAGGGGAGGGAAAUUCAUCAUUCCUUUCCAAUGACUCUAUUUCAGCCCCGCACUGCUCGCUUAGAUCACCGGACACUGAAACUUCUCAAGCAUUGGACAUGGCAGUUUGUCAUCAUCCGUCCAGCAUGCUCUAUCUUGAUGAUCAUGUUACAGAUUCUUGGGUUGUAUCCGAGUUGGCUCAGCUGGACAUUUACCAUCAUUCUCAAUAUUUCAUUCUCAGUGGCCAUGUACUCCUUGGUUGUUUUCUACCAUGUUUUCUCAAAGGAACUGCAGCCACACAAACCACUUUCAAAGUUCAUCUGCAUCAAAGGGAUAGUUUUCUUCAGCUUUUGGCAGGGGUUGCUGGUUAAAAUUCUAGUCUCGUGGGGAAUUAUCAAAUCUCACCAUUUUUGGUUGGAUGUGGAGCACCUUCAGGAAGCCAUUCAGAAUGUUUUAAUUUGUGUGGAGAUGGUUUUCUUUUCUGUUAUGCAGCAAUAUGCAUACCAUGUGGCUCCUUACAGUGGUGAUGUCGAAGCAAAGUUGAAACUGAAAAAGGAUGACUAAGUUGAUGCACAAGACAUUGGUGUGAAUAGACACUUCCUCUGUGAUCUUGCAUUUACCACUAGUAACAGUGUGUAAUGCAAGUUUUUGUUGUUGUGUAACCUAUUGAUACGAUUCAGAGAGGUCUUAAGAUAAUUAAUUUUCAUGUGUUAGUUAGCAAAGAAGAUAGAAAUUUCUAUCAUUUUCUCUGACAACCAGUUUUACUCAUUUGUGGUUGGACUUCUUCUAGUUGCAUCAGAGUAAUUUUUCUUCACGAGAGGCUGGUGCCCCUGCCGGCACCUGCAACAAGCUUGAUUGCAACUUUGCAAGUAUACAUUUUCUUAAUUAUCGUGAGAAUAUCAUGACUAUGGUCUGAGAA